ACACAGUCCAGUCUAGGCACCUCGCGCGCGCCAUACCCUCGCAACGCCCCGCGUCUGAGUCACACCGCCCAGGUCGCCGACGACGGCAGCGCGCCCUGCUGGCCGCCUUAUAAGCGGCGGGCGGGGAGGGGAGGGACAUCAGUCAGGCCCCCAGACGCGACACUAGAGCACCAUGGCGUUUACCUGGCAGAGCAUCCUGCUGACCUGCGGCGCGGCCCUGGCCGUGCUGGCCUGCGCCCCCUCCGCGGCCAGCGGCGCCGUCCUGCAGCCCGGCAUCUACCCCUACCUCAACGCCACCAGCGUCGGCGUCGACGCCAACGACCAGAGCGUCAUCAUCGGCAGCACCACCUGGCAGGACAGGCUGCUGCUGCAGGAGACCGCCUACAAGGAGAGCUGGUGGAUGAUGAUCCGCGACGCGGACGUGGUCUACCCCAAAAAGAACGAGGUGGGCUACAAGAUCUCGUGCAUCAAGAUCCUGGACCAGCGCCGGGACGGCAAGAACGGCGAGGUGAAGGUGAAGGAGGGCGGCGUCAGCUACAACCACGUCCUGCUGCGCUUCCACUCGCAGCGCAACCACGGCCUCAACUACCUCGUGCAGGUCUACGGCCACUAAGACAAUAAACGACGACGACGCGAUAGAGAAAUACAAUCCUCCACUAUAUAUCUUUAAAGAAAAUGUGUCUGUGAUAGGAUAUCUUUGUAAUAGGAGAGAAAAUUAAAAUGUGCAUAUGACAUGCAUAUAUGAGACUGAAUUCAGAAA